UCUCAUUGGCUCACCCGGGGUGUUGUGUAACUAUGUAGAAUGACGUCACAGCGGUGUGAUUGCAAGGAGCAGUGGUAGCUGGCUGCCCCGAGUGUGUGAAUAAUUGGGAUGGAGUUGCGUGCAGACACUGUUGUAGCCGCGUUGGAGAUGGCAGAGAGCAGCGAAAGGAACGACGACGAGCCCGUGGACGUGGUAGACUACGAGAGCCUGCCGCUCACCGUUUCGCUGGGGACACAGAUGACAGCCGGCGCCGUUGCGGGCAUUCUUGAGCACACGGUGAUGUACCCAGUGGAUUCUGUCAAGACGCGAAUGCAGAGUCUGUAUCCAGACCCCAGGGCGCAGUACCGGAGCGUGUACGAGGCGCUGAGCAGGAUCGUGCGCACUGAGGGGGUGUGGCGGCCGCUGAGGGGGAUGAACAUCACCAUCCUGGGGGCGGGGCCUGCGCACGCACUCUACUUCGCCUGCUACGAGAAAAUGAAAUGGACUCUGAGUGACAUCAUCAAGCACGGCGGCAACAGCCACACAGCAAACGGCAUUGCUGGCAGCAUGGCUACAGUGCUCCACGAUGCAGUGAUGAACCCGGCAGAAGUUGUGAAGACGAGAAUGCAGAUGUACAACUCUCCUUACAAGGGCGUCUGGGACUGCAUUCGUACAGUGAGGAGGACAGAGGGCUUGGCGGCUUUUUACCGCAGCUACACCACGCAGCUGACCAUGAACAUCCCCUUCCAGGCCCUGCACUUCAUCACCUACGAGUUCAUGCAGGAGCAGCUGAACCCGCACCGGCAGUACCAGCCCCAGACGCACAUCAUCUCCGGGGCCUUGGCGGGAGCCGUGGCCGCAGCCGCCACGACGCCGCUGGACGUCUGCAAAACGCUGCUCAACACGCAGGAGAACGUGGCCUUGAACUCCGCCCACGUGAGCGGUCACCUCUCCGGGAUGGCCAACGCUUUCAGGACGGUGUACCAGCUGGGAGGCGUCCAGGCUUACUUCAAGGGGGCCCAGGCUCGCAUCAUCUUCCAGAUGCCCUCCACAGCCAUCGCCUGGUCGGUCUAUGAGUUCUUCAAGUACUUCCUCACCAAGCACAACCUAGAAAAGAGCGGCGGAUCCUUGUCCUGAAGAAGAGGGGCAGAAAACGAAACCAGUUAAGCGCUCUUGCUAAUAGGGAGCAAAUUGAGACCCCGUUGGGACCCCGUUUUUCAACAAGAAUCGGGAGAUGUUUUUAUUUUAUUUUUUUUACUUCUUGUUUUCCCUUGACUGCAGAACUUAAUUGGAUCUGCACGUCUGCUUGUCUUCUGUGUGGAGGUGCAGUGAUUGGUAAGGGCACUGAUGAGCACCGUUACUGUGCCAUAAGAAGCAAGUGAGCACUCCAGUAAGCCUUCAUUAUGCAGUGUGUUAGUGAUGGGAUUUGGUGUUCGAAACUGAAGUAUGUGUCAAUAGGAAACUGAGUGGGCUAUAGGAAAUUAUAAAUGACAGGUCAUGUUCAUCAGAUCUCAGAAACGCCCUGGCAUGAUCUAUUUUAUAUGAAUGUAGGUUUUUUUCCCCCAUUGCACCAUGGGUACAGUGGGGGGAAAAAAAAGAAACAUCAGAACGAUCAAUCAUCUGCACAGUGUCCUAGCUAACUGGAAUCAAAGCCGGAGCUCAAUCUGAAUAUGUUCCUUAAUGCAGUGGGUGAUUUUUUUUUUUUUUUUUUCGUCGGGUGUGUUGUUUAUCAGUAGUCCUGUCUUAUCUGGUUUUAACCAAUUGGGACAAUUUUUACUUCGUGUAUCAACCGAAAUGGUGUAAUGUAAAUUGCAAUUUCUGAAUGUUUCUACAGAGAGAGCCCUGCAGUAAGUCAAUGUUUAUAUUGGCAUAUAUCUUUUUUUUUUUUCUUUUUGCAGUCUUUCAAAAGUAGGACAUCUAGUUUUUUUUUAAGCUGUCAAGAUUACCAGCAAAUAUCAUUCCUUUUAUCGUUUACUAAAAAGUGCCUAGACUUUCCAUAGGGUUGUGUUUUUCUUGUCACAAACAGCGCUGUCAAUUUCUCAAGUAACCUACACAAUUGAAAUCCUAUAUUUUUCUACAGUACGUACCGUAAUCAUUUUAUACCAAUGAGGAAAACUAAAUGAAAAGGAAGUUGUAGACCAAACUUUAAGACGUGAUCUUAACCUAAAAUAACUGUAAAUAAUUGAUGCGUUAAUUGACUUCAAGGUUACCUAUUCCUGGACUUAGAGCUUCUUGAGUAAAUUCAUUUCCCUUAAGCACUGAAUGUUGCUAUCGCUAAGUUCUUACGCGCUGCUUUGUUCACCCUAGUCUGCAAGCAUUACCUCAUUCCGUUUCCCUAAAAAAAACCAAAAAAAACAUUACAUUACUUUUAUAUUCUCGAGUAGGAAGCUGGAUUAACUUUCAAGAGAAGUGCAUUGGAAAAAAUCAUAGCAGGCAAGGCGAUCUGCUGUUUUAAAACACGUACAAUAGCUUAUUAAAAAGCUAAUAUCAGGUAGCCCACAGGCAGUUCUUCUCUGGUGUCAUGGGUUGCGUUGCUUGACAUGCCUGCAGCAGUAGGACGAGUGUGGGCUUGAAAGCUGGUUACAGUUUGGUCUGUUUGAACCCAAACAUCCGCUGUUUUGUGCAAAUCUGAAGAUAGUCAUGUUUGCUUCCACACAAAUGUAUAAGGAUUGGACUCAAAAUUGGAAACACCUCCCAUAGCACUGUCAAUAGGAUGCAGUGCCACAAUGAGCAGGAUGGCACAUAUUUUUAAGCAACUUGCUCUUAAGAGAUACGUGACCAUUCUCUAAUGAUCAUUGCCUUUUUUAGGUUAGUGGAAAUCUACAGAGAAUUCUGUUCUUAUUAAUGAUCAUUAAAACCUUGUUAAACAGUUCCUUGGUUUGUUUCUGUAGUCAAGGCUUGUCCUCCCAGUAUCAGUCCGUCAGAUUUGCUUUCUUGCCCACUGUGACUGCUUCUGACACAACUUAAAUAUACUACAGAAUAUAAACGUAUGCAAUUUGCAUUACAAAGGAAUCUGUCAUGUUCACCCAUUUACACAAGUGUGUGUGCUGCAUAUGGCAGGUGUUUCCAGUUUUUUUCCCCCCCCAUACCCUGCACAGUGGUGUUUGUUUCUGAUGGCCUGAGCUUGACCCCAUCGUGCCACAUGACCUUGAACGACAAAAAUUGAUCAGGACAGGACCAAUAUAAUAUUUUAAAGAUCAGCGGGCAGAGUUCAGUGGGUCAGUUCAGUGUCCCGUGAUCGCUAGGGGUCAAAAUUGGGUCAUCAUGAAUAAACAAGUUCAUACAGUUGUGUGCAAAUGUAUUGGAUAUUAUACCUACCUGCAUGAAAACCUCUGGGUGUGAGAAUUUCAAUUUUCGGUCAGUAAUCGACGAUAUAGAAACAAUAGGCACUCGUGUGACCGCUUUGUGCUUUAAUUAAGCAUCUUAAACUUCUAUAAAGUCUCCUGCAUUUUACCAUGUGUCAAUGUGUUCCUUUUCUCUUACUAUUUUAAAUGAAUUGCACGUGUGGCCUAUUAAAGUCAUCAAUUAAAUUGGACCAUCACUAAUUUGCCUAUUUUGACAGUUUUCCAAUAUUUUCAGUUUCAGUGGUUGGAUUUCAUAUGCACAACAAAUGAAAACAGAAGCAAUGGGGUGUUCUAAUACAUUUGCACUCUACUGUGUGUGUAUAUAUGUGUAUAUAUAUAUAUAUAUAUAUAUGUGUGUGUGUGUGUGUGUGUACUAAAGCUGAUGGACAUGAUGGGGACUCGUGAGGAUUUGCCUCAACCAGGUACUGUGAAAGUGAGAGAGCUUCCGCUGCUAUUUCUAACAAGUCCUGUGAUAAAUGAUGAGAGGUUCUGUCUACCGUACACACUGCUCCUUGCCGUGUAACCUUAACGUGAGUUAGUUCACGAAUAACUGAACUUGUCACCAAGCGCACACUACAGGGAUAAUCAUUCCCUCGAAGAUGCUUGAGGACUGCGUUCUCCUUUCUAGAUCACGCCUUCUGUGAACAGUGUGUUUUUUUUUUUUUUUUAUUAAAUUCUGUUCUGUAUUUAAAUGAUGUUUAGAGACACUUGUUAUGCAUUAAAUGUGUAUGCUGUAAUACGCACAGAGGGCUAGGUUACAGUUUAUCUUCUUUCCACUGAGCUGUAGUAAAUGUAUGGUGUGGACAGUGAAGAAUCUGUCCGGAGAAUGUAUUUCGUUUGCUGUAAGUCACCAGAGAUGGCUUAUUUGCUAAUUGGAAAUGUGCAGCUAUUAUUCUCCUAACCCUGAAUCAACGUACUUGCGAGGCUGUGCACGUCGCAGGCAUUGAGCCAUGUGUUGGCUUUCUUAUUGUAGUUCAUGUUUGAUGGGUUUAAUGCUGGUUUUGUGUUUCUCUGCAGCUGAGUUACAGGCUAGACCCGCCUUCCCCUAAAAAAAAAACAAAACAGGAAAUCAAAAGCAAAGGGGCACAGAUCCGUUUCCUGGACUUUUGAUUCAUAUAAAAGAAUGUCAAUUACAGAAAACUGGAGCCAUUCCGUCUUUGUUUCUCUUCUCAGUAUAUUCUCUGGCUUCGUACUUUUAGGUUCUAAUGGCUUUUUAUUCUGCUGCUGCUGCUGCUAUUCUUUUUAUUAAUAAUCAUAUAAUCGUAUCCUUUUAUUCACAGUGUCCUUACGAUUCCUAUAGAAACAAGGGCCAGACCAGCUUUGAUUUAUUUUCACAUUUUUGUUUUGUUUUGUUUUUUUAAAGUUGAGACGCAGACAAAAAAAGAAAAGCGGGCAUCACCUUUAAAAGAAAACCCGUUGAAAACAAAACUGAAAGCAAAGUGACCGGGGAAAGGUCAAAAGCGUGCUUUGAUUUAAUACUACACCAGAGGGCAGCAUACUCCCUUUUGCAAAGAAACACCUUCUCACAAUGCUAAACAUGAAACGCAGAGGGAGGGACGCUGCUUCCAACUUCCAACUGAAAACAAAAGUGAAAGCACACAGAGCGGCUUGCAGUGUGUAAAAGAGAGUCUGUGCGCAAUCUGUCCGUUUUUGCAAUAGGCUUUGAACUUCACCCUUGUAUUGCACAGGAACCUUUUUUUCAGUGUUUUGUUGUUGUUCUUGUUAUUGUAUUGGUAAAAAAAUGCCAGUUAAAUCUAGUUGAAUGGAGGUUUAGUAGGCAUGCUGGGUUUGUUACAUCUAGUCAUCUGCAGGCCACUAGUUUGCUGUAUGUUCCUAAAAAAAACAACAUCUGGUGUUCUUAAGCAACCUGGAGCUUUACGAAUCAGCCUUGAUGAUUGACAAUGACCAAAAGUGUACCAUUGCCUUACCACUGCACCCUACCCAUGCUCUUUAUUCAUCCAGGGCUGGGAUCACAUACAUGUGUGUUUAAAAAAAAAUGCUGGUUUCACAGACCCUGAUGAGCAAGGUGCUAAUCAGGGUCUGUGAAACCAGCCCCGAAAAAAGUCUAGUCCUAAAAGGGUCCAGUCCUUUUUAAAAUGAAUGUAUUCCCCAAUGUAUUGAUUUCCAAUUCAAAUGCCUUUCCAUUUCAGUCCGUUAGUGUUGGCACUGGGGAAUGAGGACCAAGGAGUGUGGGAGACCAUGUUUGAAUUAUGCAAAUGUGUAUUUUGUAACAAAUCUAACGAAAGAACUGAACAUUUCAUCCUUUUAGAUAAAGUAUGUACAGAUACUAUUAUUAUUAUUAUGAUUAUUUGUUGUUUUCUUGUAUAAUGCAUUUUGUUUUGCUGCUGUCUGUUGCAUAACGCACACGAGGAGUAAAGACUUGUAAAUAUAUAGUGCCAUCUGGAGUCUGAAAUAAUUUUAAAUAUUAAAAUACAGAUGUUUUAUGAUUUUAUAUUGCUGCUGCAGUUAUAACACUGGAGCGAAGACACAUAGUAAAGAAAUGCUCUUG